AUGUUCCAGCAAAAGCACAAACAUCCGAAGCAACACAAGCACACAGCCAUGAGCCGCGAACUCAACUCGCUCUACCUAGAGAACCACACAGUUCCAGUUCCACUCGCAGACCUAUUCCAAGCCAAGCCCAAAUUCGACACCAAAGCCGAGCGUUGGACCUGGCGACCAUUCAAAAGCAGCGCUCGCACCGACAACCUCACACUCUCCCACUGGGUCAAAAGCAACGAAAAAUACACCGACUACUACUACGCCCGCUAUAACGCCAAAACACAACCCUACCAAUAUACGGAUUUGGAAUACGACAAAUGCAUAGCGCCGUUGGAUGCCCGGUGGAGCAAAGAAGAGACAGAUUAUCUUUUGGUGCUUUGUCGACAAUUCGACCUGCGCUUUAUUGUUGUGCACGAUCGAUAUUAUGUGCACCCGGAUAGGCCGGCGUGCGUGAAUGCAGAUGCAGCAGGAGAGGCGGUGGCGGCAGGGGAUAGACCCUUGAGGUCAUUGGAGGAUCUGAAGGACAGAUAUUAUUCUAUAUGCCGGGCGUUGACAAAAUACCGCGCAGGGGAGGAUUCUCGCGACCCCGACGACCUCCCACUGCAGGCCACCAAUAAGUUAGCCGACGACCUGGCCCUUCUGGGUUUCGAUGGGGACAAGGAGCGCGAGCGCAAGCAGUAUCUCGAAUUGCUGUUCAGUCGCACAAAAGAGGAGAUCGAGGAGGAGGAAAUGUUGAUUGUGGAGGCUCGUCGGAUUGAGUCAAAUGAGAGAAGGCUGAUUCAUGAGCGCGAGGCCAUGCUGAACUACCAUGCGCUAUUCGAGGAAGCACCAUCAUCGGCAACUAUUCCAUCGGUCAAGGUACAGUUCACACAGGCGGAGACUGUGUCUGCUGCUGGUUCAUCGGCAAACGGGCAGCCUGGAUCCGCAGCCGCUCCUGCAUCGGCGUUCGCUGCUGCUGCUGCUGCUGCCAGCGCUGGGCCUGAUUCGGUCACAUUGCCAAAAGUGCGCAAGGGCGCCCCGGAUGCCAUUGGGGUUGAUGGUGGUGCGAGUGUGCGGCCCAUGAAGAAGCAAAAGUCAAUUCAUGGGUCGCCACAGCCUACGACUCCAGUCACGCCCAGAGUCAAAUCUACCGCGGCGGCGGCAGCAGCAAACAAGGCGUCAGCAAACAAGGCCGCGCUCGGCGUCUCCGUGGCCUCAACUGACUCAGUGUCUGCUGCGCGCGGAUCUUCGGUCGUCCGAAACUCCAUGUCGCCUAGCCGCGCCGCCUCCGUAGGCAUUGUCAAGCAGGAACACCUGGACGGACCCGUACAGUUUGGCCCAGUCACUUUUUCCACUGAAGACCACCUGGUUAACCCCGCCAUUAUUCAAAUCGACACGCCCGAGACCGGCCCGAUUUUCAUCGCACAGCGCGACGCGCGGCUUGGUCCCGGCGUCUUCUUGCGGUCCGAUAAGCUGUUCCCGAUUCCCAAAAAUAAGCUGGAGGCUGUUAAGCAGUUCAUGACGCAGCUGGAUCUCAACAGCCCUAACACCAUCUGGCCACGCCCGGUCAUGGCUACCGCCGCCGUGUGCGAUCGCUUCGACACUUUGCAGACCACCAUUAUUCCGCUGCUGGACUGCAAGAAGGUGGCAGAUAAGCUGGAAACUGAAAUCCAGGUGUUGCGUGCGCGGAAACGCAUGCUUAUGAAUGACGUGGGCGAGAGCAGGGCGGAGGAAAUUAUAAAGAAGCUGCCGCCCAUUGAUCCAUCGAUGAUUGCAGCGAUACGCGCGACCACGCCGUCAACGCCGACGAUUGACUCUACGCCGGUGGCUGCCAGUCGGCAUAACCGCAAGGGCAGCACUACCAGUAGCCGCAAGAAGGCUGCCCGCGAGUAA